CUACGUUCUAAAUUCAACCAAUACUUACAUCACAUAUCUAACAUGGGUAAGGGAGCACUCAAAUUUGGAGGAAAGUCCGGGAUCUUGCCAACACCACGUCCCAUUUUCAGACGGAACCCGAUCCGUGCACCAACUGCCGAGGAACGUGAGCAUGCACAACUGUUGGAACAAGGGUAUGCUGAAGGGGUACCUGAACCUCAACGUGCUGGGAUGAAGUUCCCUCGUGCUCCAUUAAUCAAGCCGGUUGUCACUGUGAGCGAGCGUAUUGCCGCCACCAUCGACCGUAGAGCACAGGUGGAUGCCCAUAAGGCCUCUCAAGUGAAGCCAGAAGUACGUCAAUCUAGCGAUUUCGAAUGGGAAUUAAAGAAGAAUGAAAUCCGUCGUGAACAUUUACGUGCCGCCUAUUUGGCUGAAGAGAAAAGAUUGGUCAAGCUUGACGAAUUAAAGCAAAAGCAGGCCAAGAGAGCACAAGAGGAAAAGGCCAGAGAAAGAGUUUAUGAGGAAUCUGAUGCCACAAAGCUCACUCUCCCCACAGUGGACUCUUACUUGCAAGGUAGUUUGAUGAGACAAAGAACUCCGGAAGAACGUGCCAUCAUGGAAGAACAACGUACCAUCAACCGUAAGAGACAAGACUUGGCCGUGCAAGAACAACGGGCGCUGGAUGUGUUGGAUCUUUACCAUGCUGCUUCUGAAUUCAUCACCACUGAAGCCGAAUUGGACCAAGCCAUCAAGGAUGCCUUUGAGGUCAAUGUGGGCAAGUUUGAAUCCAAGCAAAUGGCCAUCGAGAACAAGUUGGCAGGACACGCGUACGCCGUGACCCAUCAAACCACCAACGAAGGGUUGGUCAUGGACCAUGCCUUGGGUGAGAUCAACGGUCAACCAGGCUUGGACUCCAUUGAAAGCACCUUGGACGGGGAAAUCGAACGUUUGAGAUUGGAAGCCCAAUACAUGGCCAGUCAACAAAACCAAUAGGUUUGGUGAAUGGAGAGCAGUGAAGGGGGGCUACUACCUUGGAGUAGAAGAAGGGCGGCGUCGAGAGACGCACUAAGCCAACACAGGAUUGGUUUUUGUAAGUUACACACUUGUAUAUAUAUAUAGCAUAGUUAUUCGAUGAUAACUCGGACAGACAUCAUUGUA